CGCCUGUGGUUCCGAAUGCGACGGAGGCUACACGUGAGCCAUGGAUACGCCGCUGAGGCGCAGCCGGCGACUUGAAGGCCUGAGACCUCUGUCCGUAGAGACCCUUCCUGACCCCGCAGUUUCUCGGGUAAGACGGGUCCUUGUAGAGUUCGAGUCGAACCCAGAAGAAACAAGCGAGCCCAACUCUCCCGGAGUGCAGCCUCUGGACCUGGCGCCUCCCCAGCCUGAGCCGGAGACAACCCCGGGAUCACCCUGUCUGAAACAGGAUGCAGGCUUUGGGUCCCCCAAAAGGCAGCCAGGGCCCGACCCCGGGUCCCUCCAACCUCUGCAAGAUCUGGGCCUGGUGUCACCUGCAGGGCAGACAGAGUCGAGUCCGGAAUCCCCACAACGAGAGGAGUCAUCCAAAUGCUCUGCCACACCGGGAGAACUGGACUCAGAGGUGGCCCAAGCUAAGGAGGAGCUGGUCCCAGUAUCCCCAGAGCCCUGCCCGGGCCAGCAAGCACCGGGUCCCGAGCCCUCUCAGCCAGUACAGGAGCUGACAGCCCAGGCACCCAGCUCCCAAGAGCGCCCGCAGGAGUCAAGCAGGCCACCUCCGGCUGGCCGGACGGUGACAGGGGACCUCAACAUAAAGAAGCGAGUUAUAACUUCUCCCCAGGCUCCGGCGCCCAAGAAAUUGAAGGAGAAGGAGGAGCUUCCUGUAAUCCCGAAGGGGAAGCCCAAAUCCGGGCGAGUGUGGAAAGACCGCUCCAAGAAGAGGUUCUCCCAGAUGGUUCAGGACAAACCCCUGCGUACCUCCUGGCAGCGGAAAAUGAAGGAGCGACAGGAGAGGAAGCUGGCCAAGGACUUCGCCCGGCACCUAGAAGAGGAGAAACAGAGGCGCCGGCAGGAGAAGAAAGAGCGCCGGGCUGAGAACCUGAGACGCCGCCUAGAGAAUGAAAGAAAGGCUGAGAUUGUCCAAGUGAUCCGAAACCCUGCCAAGCUCAAGAAGGCGAAGAAGAAGCAGCUGCGCUCCAUUGAGAAGAGAGACACCCUGGCCUUGCUCCAGAAGCAGCCACCCCAGAGGCCUGUAGCCAAUGUCUGAGCUCAGGACAGCCUGGAGGCCUCCACAAGCCAAGAGCCACAGCAAACAAGCCAUCUCUCAGGCCACUGUCACACCUCUCCUGGGGCCAGCACACCAACUCUGACGCAUUAAGACAGGGACCACAGCCCUGAGGGAACCCAGGACCUCACAGGGUCCCAGGAGAGAUUUAACUGUCUCCACCUCCUUUCAGGUCUUUUCCAGAGUGCCUUAAGAUCUUGAACUGUUGCCGGGCAAUGGGGUGGCACAUGCCUUUAAUCCCAGCACUUGAGAGGCAGAGACAGGCGGAUC